UUUAGAGCUAGAGCAGGAGGCCCUGUGUUGGUAACGGAAUUGGCGGGACUACGGUGUUGUGUUAUUGUACGGUGAAAAGAGGAAGGUUCAGUUUAGGGUGUUUUUAGGCUACUAGCAGCAACAGGUUAAGAGUCGAUGUUUAAAAGUUCAUUUGAAAUAAGAUAAUAUAUCUGUAAAAAGUUAUAUAUACAUAUAUGUUAAUCACUGGUAAUUAUCCAUAAACCUUAGUAACACGUCACGGCAACGGUUCUAAAUAAGUAAACGAACAAUUGAAAUCAAUGAAAAAGCAACACAAUCAACAGUGAAAUUCAGCGUCAGGUUCAGGUAUCCAACAAGAUCAGGAAGCAUAUUAGAAGAUAGUGCAGUUCUAGACAUUGACUCAAAAGUGAUAUGGAACGAGAAGAUUCGUCCUUACCUUGUGGAGAUAGCUGGGUGGGUCCAAUCCAUGUCUCUCGCAGCCAGGAACCUCUAGUUGCCGAUGGCUUACACCAUAGUGAAACCGUAACACUGCAUCCCGAAGUCAUGUCAGAAGGAAGCGAUAAACUACAGGCCUGUGAUACUUUGAACGCCAAUGAUCAGGGUGGGCCUUGCGGGUGGUUUGGGAUCCAUCCAUUAUGUCUUCAGAGGUUUCGAACACCGAGGUGGGUGCUUUUCUGGAUCUGUUGGGCCGGAGCUUUGCAAGGUCUUAUUGUAAACGGCUUUGUGAACGUCGUCAUCACAACCAUCGAACGAAGAUUUAAUCUAAAAAGUCGUGAGAGCGGUUUAAUAGCAGGAUGUUAUGAUAUAGCAUCUUUCUUGUGCCUUAUACCUGUCAGCUAUCUUGGUGGAACCCGCAACAAACCGCAUAUCAUCGGCGGUGGUGUUCUGGUUUUGGCCUUGGGCUCCUUUGUCUUUUCGCUACCACACUUUUUAUCUGACACGUACACAUUCAGUAAGGAAGCACAAGACGUGUGCAACCUUAACUACAACUGGACUAACUGUAAUAAUAACGUCAGUUACGGCCUGUCUUACUACAAAUACGUAUUCUUUUUGGGACAACUGCUUCAUGGAGCCGGAGCCUCUCCCUUCUAUACUCUAGGUUGUACUUAUUUAGAUGAAAAUGUCUCCACAAAGAUGUCUUCAGUUUACCUUGGCAUCUAUUACACCAUGGCUAUCAUCGGACCAGCUCUUGGUUACAUCCUGGGUGGCCAGUUUCUAGAAAUCUACACAGAUAUAGGAGUAGAUCCGGCCGAGCACGGCCUAACAUCAGCCAGUAGCGUGUGGGUGGGAGCUUGGUGGCUAGGAUUUCUCUUCGCCGCUGGUGUCGGUUUUCUUGUUGCCAUCCCAAUCGGUGCUUUUCCCAAGUUGUUACCAGGUUACUACACCAUUCAGUCUCGCAAAGUGUCUGAAAUGCAUGGGAAAUUGAAGGACAGUGAAGUGUCGCAAAGUGGAUUCGGAAAUAGUAUCGCUGAUCUUCCAGCAUCCCUUAAGAUACUCCUCAUCAAUCCGACAUUCGUAUUCCUUAGUCUAGCAGGAGCUAGUGAAGGUAUGAUCCUAUCUGGGCUGGCAACGUUUUUACCAAAAGUAAUCGAAUCACAGUUCAGCGUGGCGGCGAGUGCUGCAGCGUUACUUGUAGGGAUGGUGACUGUACCUGGGGCAGGAGGAGGAACAUUCUUUGGUGGAUAUUUAGUAAAAAAGUUCAACCUCCGCUGUGCCAGCAUCAUCCGGAUGUGCUUGUUAUUUUCCGUCAUUUGCCUUACCAUGUGCACAGUGUUUUUUAUACACUGUCCAAAUCCUAGAUUUGCAGGAGUGGAUACACCAGUAACGAAUACAACUCCUUUUAAGCGAGACGUGGUGUCGUUUAAGGCGGACUGUAACGCUCAGUGUGACUGCCCUACGGAGAGGUACAAUCCCGUGUGUGGCACAGAUAAUGUCAUCUACUUCUCUCCUUGUUUUGCUGGUUGUCAGUCCUUUCACCAUCUGGCAGACACAAAGGUUUAUGAAAAUUGUACUUGUGUAGAAGGCCCCGGAAGAAACGAAACAAUAAAAGAUUCUACGGUAGUUAUCCAGGCAGUACGAGAAAAGUGUCCAAAUUCCUGUACAUUAAUGCCUUUGUUUCUUGUCAUGAUAUUUUUUGCCAUGUUGUUUACAUUUCUUGUCAGUAUGCCUUCUCUGUCAGCUACCUUGCGUUGUGUGGCUGAGUCUCAGAAGUCAUUUGCGCUUGGAAUACAGUGGAUAACAGUUAGAUUGUUGGGAACUAUACCGGGCCCUGUCUUGUUUGGCAGCUUGAUUGACUUGAGUUGUGACGUUUGGCAGGAAGACUGUUCAGGUCAAGGAGCAUGUCUUGUUUACGACAACAAACGAAUGAAUAUCCAUCUUCUGAUUAUCACGUGUGUUCUAAAAAUCCUUUCAGCGUUAUUUUUCUUUUUAGCGUGGUUCUUAUACAGACCACCACAGGACGUCCUUGACAGCAAUCCCCAGGAGAUGAGAGAGAUUACACCGGAAAAAUCUUUGCCAACAGUCACUCAGAUUCUUCAAACGCCAGAGAUAAACGGCGUAAAUGCACCCAAUUCAGAUGUGAUCAGUAACGGUGUAGCAUCCCACUUGUAGUCUUUGUACAGAUUGUUUAGUUGUUUUUGGUUAUGUAUUUUAAGGGGAUUUGUAAGGUAUUUCUCCAGAUGAAUAAUAGUAUCAGUUUCGGCGAUAACAUUGUCGUGUUUUUCAGUGUUGGCGUGUCUUCCAUUCACCUGAAGUACUUAUGUCUAAACCUAUCAGACAAUUCUUGGGAAAAGUUUUUUCUUGUUCUUUUGUACAAAUCACAUGGAAUCGAUAAAACUUUCAAGUGAAAACGAUAUAAUGUGAAACUCGUAUUUAGCUUUAUUUUAUAUCAUUUGAAUUGUGAGUUAAAGAAGGCCAUUUAGUCGUGACAUGUUUGAGUAAAGUUGACCCGACUGUCUUUAUACAUCUUGACAGUACUUUUUAAAGCAUUACGUGCUUGUCAGUUUAAAAUGAUCAGUUCUCUCAAUGAUCUGGCGACACUUAGAAUUUUUAAGGAGUUGCGUGGAGUUCCAAAGCUCAGGCAAUCACGUGCUUGAGAGAAGAAUGGUAGUUACAAGGACAGGUUUUUAACAUCACGCAUAUUACGUCAGAGAUCCAGAAGUCCACUCAGGGUCCCAGUGCUUUUUGUGCAGGAUGAAUAUUAUAUUAAUGUACAAACUCAGAAAAAAAUAAAUAAAGCAGACCAUUUUGUGGACCA